ACAGUGCAACUUUUAAGUGCGAUGCGUUUAUGAACGUAUUUCGAGCCGUUACGUAAACGAACGUUAGUCGAUUCGUUCGCACACGUCUUGCCGGUCUGUGAAAAAUGAAGCAAGUGAAAAAUGGAAAGUAAGUCGUGAGUUAAACUGCAUAUAAAAUGCAACUAAUCGUCUUUCUGUGCAUUAUAAUUCUUUACUUUUUUAUAAUAGACUAACUUGGACUGUAAAAGUAACAAAAUAAGGAACAAUAGAAUAUUAUUACGCCAUAGCGAAAUCAUGUGUUGUAUUCAACAAAAUGUCUUUCUUUAUUCAUUGAUAGCGAUACAGAAGAUGAGAUGAAAACACAAUCAACCAAGUCACAUACAUAUAAUAUUCGUUUGCCGAGUGAUAAGUGCAUAAGUGAUAAGUGCUUUGAGUGAAUAUUACAAACGGGCGCACAAGUACAUAAUUUUUGCUCCUUCGAAUCGUAUUCCACGUCGACCGAUAACAGCAACGCUGCUUGAAAAGGAGAAGGAAUCAACGAAGGCAUCGACGCAACAGUGCUGCACGACGCCGAUUUCCAGCUAACGAGCAUCUGUCUUUGGCAAAAGGUAGCUUCAUCUGAAACAAAAUGGAGAUACAAAAUAAUAUACUUCAUGGUCCACAAAUAACAGAAGUACCAAACAUAUCUCUGGGACAACAUUUGUUCAAUUGUCUACAUUCUAAUGCUGAUCAGAUUGUGCAAGUAGAUAUUCUAACUGGUAAACACUACACAUGCAAGGAUAUUCUCGAAAAAAGCACAAUAUUAUCUGUUGCUUUGAGAAAUUAUGGAAUCAAGGUGGAAGACAGAAUCUCCGUUGCAGCUGAAAACCAUCCACAUUACGUGGUAUCGAUAUGUGGCACGUUAUUUAUCGGAGCUACAUUUGCACCGUUGAAUCCAGCAUAUACAGAAAGAGAAUUUACGCACAUGCUGGAAAUUUAUCAGCCACGGGUGUUGUUUGUAUCGCGACGCACUGAAAACAUUUUGGCGAAAAUUGCAUCUACUGUAAGCUGGAAUAUGAAAUUAAUCGAAUUGGAUGAUGAGCCUCUUGAUGGAAAUAUAAUAACCUUAGACAAGGUUUUGGAAAAAUAUCAAAGUAUCACGGAUCCCUAUGCGUCUUCACCGGUGCAGAUAGAUAAUAACAGGAAAAGAAUGGCAGCUAUUUUAUGUUCUAGCGGUACAACAGGCCUUCCAAAAGGAGUAAUGUUGUCUCAUCGAAAUUUGUUACUUUUCAUCCAAACUCUAAGUGCCCCAGGAUCAAUGGAUAUUCGACGUGGAGACCGAAUACUAGUUUUUUUGCCGUUAUUUCACGGUUAUGCGUUCGGAAUGAUGAAUACGGCAAUAAGUUGCGGUGCAGCUGUGUACAUAAUGCGAAAUUUCGAGUUAGAAACGUUACUCAGUUCCGUAGAAAAAUACAGAAUUACGCAUAUACCAUUGGUCCCUCCAGUUUUAGUUGGUCUUGCGAAGCAUCCAAUGGUGCCAAAUUGCGAUUUCAGCAGCGUGAGAGAGAUCGUUUCCGGUGCGGCACCGCUUCCGCCGGAUGUAGCAGACGAAGUGAAGCAACGUACAAAACUGAAAGCUAUUCGAAAUGGUUACGGUAUGACGGAAUUAUCAAUACUAUCAAACAUGAGCGAUAGGACGAGCAAUGAUAACUCCAUAGGUCCAAUACUGCCUGGCUUUAAGUGCAAAGUGGUAAAUGUAGAAACGGGCGAGACCCUGGUCGCAAGAAAAAUUGGGGAAGUUUGUUUCACAGGUGAUCAAGUAAUGUUGGGAUAUUUUAAAAACUCUAAAACCACUGCAGAAACAAUCGAUAAGGAGAAUUGGUUACACACUGGUGAUCUAGGAUAUUUUGAUGAAGAAGGAUCGCUAUACAUUACAGGACGUAUAAAAGAAGUUAUUAAAUAUAAAGGUUUUCAAGUUUCACCAUCUGAGAUCGAAGCAGUAAUAUUGUCGCAUCCAAGCGUUAAGGAUGUAGCAGUCGUGGGUAAACCGGACAAACUCAGCGGAGAGAUACCAAUGGCUCUGGUAGUCAGACAACAUGAGAAAACUAUAUCGGCGAAAGAAAUCGCGGAUUUCGCUAAUGAAAAUCUGUCAUCACAAAAAUGGCUGAGAGGCGGUGUAAAAUUUGUCGAUCAUAUACCCAAAACAACAUCGGGAAAAAUUAUACGAAGAGAAUUGAUUAAUAUCGCAACUAAAUUAUGAAUCAAUUUUUCGAAUUACUCGAAAUAUAUGUACUAAAUACACAACUUCUGUAUACACACACGCAUUCAACUAAGUGUUUUAUUUAAUCGCCUAUUUGAAUAUAUAAAAUGUACCUG